ACUCAAGAGCGGCUUGAAGUUGAAGGCACGCACGGGACAAAAAGCGAGAAGAACGUCAGUCAGUCAGUCCAGCUUGGUCGUCGCGAGUGCUGCAUUCCUUCGUGGACAACCCGAUUCGCUUCAGUUUGAGUUGAAAAGAGCCGAAGAAGGAGCAACCAUGGCGUCAGAGAAGACGGGCUUUUCGGCCGACGAGCGCGUCGAGAUGCGCGAACACUUUGACCAGAUCGACAAGAAUGGUGACGGAACGAUAGAUCUUUCCGAGCUGAAAGACGCCCUGGACAAUUGCGGCUUCAAAAUUCCCGGGUGGCGCGUCCGGCAGAUGAUCGAGGAGUACGACAACAAGCACCAAACACAGCACAGAGGCCGGCUGAACUUUGAAGAAUUUGAAAACCUUUGUAAGGACUUAAAAUCGAAAGAUGUGGCCACAAGCUUCAAGCAGGUUGUGUCCAAGAAGGAGAACUUGGAAACGCUGGGAGGUAUGUCGACAGCCUCAAGCGAGGGCACAACCCACUCAGUGCGCCUCGAGGAGCAACUCGCCUUCUCUGGCUGGAUUAACUCUAACCUGGGUCAUGACCCUGACCUGAGACACCUCCUGCCCAUUGAUGCUGAGGGGAAACUGCUGUACGACAAAGUCAAAGAUGGAAUUCUUUUGUGCAAAAUUAUCAACCACUCCUGCCCAGACACGAUUGACGAGCGCGCCAUUAAUAAGAAAAACCUCACCUUGUACACGAAACAUGAGAACUUGACCCUCGCUUUGACCUCGUCCCAGUCAAUUGGCUGCAACAUCAUCAACAUUGAUGCCCACGACCUGUCAAAAGGAAAACCUCACCUCGUCCUUGGCUUGCUAUGGCAAAUCAUCAGGAUAGGACUGUUCAACCAAAUCACCCUGGAGCACUGUCCAGGCCUUACAGGUCUGCUUGCCGACGGAGAAAAGAUCGAGGACUUGAUGAAGUUGUCGCCGGAGGCCAUUCUCCUCCGCUGGGUGAACCACCACCUGGAGAGGUCCGGCACCAACCGCCGCUGCAACAACUUCCAGAGCGACAUUUCUGAUUCGGAGGUUUACACUUACCUGCUGAAGUCGAUCGCCCCGGGAGAUUCUGGAGUGUCCAUGGAAGCCCUGAUGGAGCCCAACCUGACCUCCAGGGCUGAAAUUAUGCUCCAGCAAGCGGCCAAGUUAGGCUGCAGGAGUUUCGUGACGCCCAGCGACGUCGUCAACGGAGUUUACAAACUAAACUUGGCUUUCGUGGCCAAUUUGUUCAACAACCAUCCGGCCCUAGACAAGCCCGAGGGUGAAAUCGAAGGACUGGAAACCAUUGAAGAGACGAGGGAGGAAAAAACGUACCGAAACUGGAUGAACUCAAUGGGUGUUGCCCCGUACGUGAAUUGGUUGUACUCGGAUCUGGCUGACGGCCUCAUUAUUUUCCAACUGUAUGACAUCAUCAAACCAGGAAUCGUCAACUGGAACAGAGUGCACAGAAAAUUCUCCAAAUUGAGGAAGUUCAUGGAAAAACUGGAGAACUGCAAUUAUGCUGUGGAGCUCGGAAAGCAAUUGAAAUUCUCUCUCGUGGGAAUUGCUGGUCAAGAUUUGAAUGACGGAAACGCCACUCUCACACUUGCCCUUAUCUGGCAAUUGAUGCGUGCAUACACUUUGUCUGUCCUGACUCAGUUGGCCAACACAGGAAAUCCUAUGGUGGAGAAGGAGAUUGUAACGUGGGUCAACAACAAACUCAACAAUUCCGGAAAGACAAGCUCGAUAAAGAGUUUCCAAGAUUCGAGUAUUGCUGAUGCCCGAGUUGUUCUGGAUGUAAUCGACUCCCUCAAGCCAGGAAUAAUCAAUUACGACCUGGUCAAGGACGGUGCCACUGACGAAGAAAAGCAUGGCAAUGCUAAAUAUGCCAUUUCAAUGGCACGAAAACUGGGUGCCAGAGUUUACGCCCUGCCUGAAGACAUUACUGAGGUGAAGCCAAAGAUGGUGAUGACCGUGUUCGCCUGCUUGAUGGCCACCGACUACAUUCCUAACAUGGACAGCGUCAAGCCGCAGUAACCAAAUAAAUUCAACCCUAAAGUUACCCUGCACUUAAGAAUAGUAUGUGUAUAAUAAUUUUGAUGAAAACUGCUUAGUCAGAAUUUUUUCCAUUUACAAAGCAAAAAUACUACAUUUAGUGCCAGAGUAUUUUUAUUCAGUAAGAAUAUAGCGUGUAAUUUUAUGGAUAAUUUUGAAACAAUCCCCAAGUGGUUUUAACUAGACAUUUGGAACUUUCCACACUGCUUCGCAUUUUCCGAUUUGCCGAUCAUUAGCUAUAUUAAAAUACUAAACUUUGUGUCAAAUACACAAGAAAACCAAAUUUGGGAACUGCAAAAAAGCAUUUAAAAGGCACAAAAUUUAAUUACGAUUAAUGAUUUAAAUUGAAUUUAGAAAAAUUGUGAUUUUCUUCUCCAUGUGGAAUCUCCAUAAUUCCAUUCCGGUUUUGCUCGCAAGUAUUUUCAUACCAACGAUUUUGAAGGUGCUUUUGAUAUGCCAAUUUUGUAGCCUAAGCUGUAAAAUACCGUUUAUGCAGAGAAAUUUUGUAAAAUGUUCAAUGCAAUGAAGUGUCCUGUUUUUAAAGGUCUGCUUCCUCUUGCUGCGUGAUUUCUACUAGGCUGAGAGUAGAAAAGCUAAAAAGUUUCACAAUGACCAAAACAAAUUUAAGUCUUGAGGUUGUACUAGUAUUGUGAAUGAUUUAAUUGUGGAAUAUCUGUAGACAUUUCAUACACAUAAUCAUCGAGCAAUAGAAUUGAUACAUUCGAAUGUGUCAAAUAUGUAUAGGAUGGGCAGUAGUGUCAGGGACUGGUGCCUCCAGUGGGCUUUGGAAAUCAAGUAAGUUGAAGCAUUUUAUUGCUCACUUAAAUUAUAGUGGAAAAGCCAUCCUUUUGUCAUGAAUGAUUCUUUUGUAAUCGAGGCUGUAACUGGGAAUGAGCAUGUGAAUAUUUACUAAAAUCGCUAGGAUAAAUUUUUUAUUAAUUGGCUAAUAUAUGAGUAACUAAACUAAUAAAGUGAUCAUUCAUUUCUUGUCUCAUCAAAUAUUCUA